AUGCUAUUUACCUGGGACACCCGAAACCUCUGCAUUGUGUUCCGCUGGUGGCGAGUUGCGGGUCCUAUGUCGCUGGCUCUGUCUCUGCUUGCAAUUAUCCUUCUGUGCGCUGGGUAUGAAGGAGUACGAGAGGUCAGCAGAAGGGUCGAGGCGCGGCAAGCCGCACAGCUGAGCACACACAGCAUCAGCGCAUCAACUACGGAAAAAGGUGAACACGAGUCAAGCUCACUGCUCCGAGUAGGAAGGGACACCAAGGGGGCGGCGGAACGACAGGGAACCAUCAUCCGAGCAACACUAUACGCUGUUCAGGUCUUCUAUUCCUUUUUCAUUAUGCUGCUGUUCAUGACCUAUAAUGGUUGGGUGAUGCUUGCAGUUGCGGUCGGCGCUUUCGUCGGUUACAUUGCCUUCUCGAACAAGAUGCCAUCCACUAAGACAGUCGCGUGCCACUGA